AUUAGAAAAUCUCCAGUGGAAAUUACUCCGUUUUUAAGCAGAGAACUCGAGGCUUUAUCAUAAAUCGAGGUUAUAAAUCAAGGCAAAGGUUAAAUAUAGAGUUGUUUUCUGAUUUUGGAAAAGUAUCCUGGUUUCAAAAAUUUUGUAUUAAUUAGAGCACAGAGCCCAGAACAGUUUCCACUAACUAAUUUUUACUCAAUUUCCACCCCACCCCUAACUAAAUCACUUAAAACCUCAAAAUUUUCCCAAUGUAUCGCGCUCUCUUAGCAUUGUAAGGCCGACGAAGACAGUAGAAUUUAGUGUCAAAACGCCAGUGACGUUUGUUUUGGUUUGACAUCACAACCUCUGACCACAACAACAAACUUUCUGGACACUUUCCAUUAAAGAGAAAUAAUGGACAAGUUUAACAAGUAUUUGUACCAGGUGAGCAGCUCGGUAAGCCAGACAGUGUCGCAAUUAUCAGGAGUGUUGCCAGGUAAUCCCGUAACCAGGGAAUAUGAGUCCUCAGCCCACAUUGCUUCCGCUGGUCCUGGCCUUCUAUGGAAAAUCUACAAAGGCACGAAGCGAUCAACCAAGCAGGAUGCAUCAAUCUUUGUAUUCGAAAAGCGGCAGCUGGAGAAAUUUAACAAAAACGAUCGAGAAUUGGUGCUGGAGAGCUUAAAGCACGGAGUGCAGCAAUUGACGAAAAUCCGACACCCACAAGUAUUAACAGUGCAGCAUCCGCUCGAAGAAAGCAGGGAUAGCAUCGCGUUUGCCACUGAGCCGGUUUUUGCGAGUCUGGCAAACAUUUUGGGUGAAACGACCAACAUGCCCCAACCAGCCAACAUGUCCGACUACAAGUUCUUUGAUAUAGAGAUCAAGUAUGGGCUGCUGCAGAUAUCUGAAGGCCUGCAGUUUUUGCACAACGAUGUCAAGCUGCUGCACAAAAACAUGACUCCGGAGAGUAUUGUCAUAAACGCUUCGGGGGUUUGGAAGCUUUUCGGCUUGGACUUUUGCGUGCAUAACAUCAAUCCUCCGAACCAAGCGACUAAUUUUCCUUUCGAAGACUAUUCUCCUACUGUUCCCAUUGUUUGUCAGCCUAGCUUGAAUUAUUUGGCGCCUGAGUGCGUUUUGAGGCAAAGCCAUUCUACUGCCAGCGACAUGUUUUCCUUAGGAAUGUUGGUCUACGCCUUACAUUCCCCUGGGAAACAAUGUCUGUCUCCCGUUAGGGAUUUGCAGCAGUUCAAAUUGCGGGCCCAACAACUGAAGAUUUUGAGCACUGCGAAACUGCAAGCCAUCCCAGAGGAGCUGAGAGAGUUUGUUAAACUCCUUCUCAAUGUUACUCCGGAGAUACGACCGGAUGCCCACCAGUUUAUCAAGAUUCCUUACUUCGACGAUGUGGGCGUGAAAACCCUCACUUACCUGGACUCGCUGCUCCAGUGGGACAAUUUGCAAAAAUCCCAGUUCUACAAAGGGCUGCCAGACGCUCUUUCGCAGCUUCCCCAUCGGGUUAAACUCCAAAGGGUUUUGGCCUGCUUGGUUAGAGAUUUAGGGCAGCCCACCAUGGUGCCUUUCAUUCUCCCCAGCAUCUUUGACAUUGCAAAGAGCUGCUCAAAGGAGGAGUAUACGGAGCAUGUGCUUCCGCACUUGAAACCUCUGAUGAAACUCAUCGACCCCAUUCAGAUUCUCCUGAUAAUGCUGCAGCAAAUGCAGCUUCUAUUGAAGCUCACUCCUGCUGAGGAUGUGCAGCAACAUGUUCUCCCUAUGUUGUAUCGCGGCUUGGAUUCGGAUUCGCCACAAAUCCACGAAUUGUGCUUGUCGGUGCUGCCAACAUUUGCGGGAUUGUUGGAUCAUGCCAAUGUGAAGAACAGUCUGCUGCCUAGAAUUAAAAAGCUGUGCCUCAGCACCUCAACGUUAAGUGUGCGCGUGAAUUGCCUUUUAUGUGUCGGAAAGCUGCUGGAGCAUCUGGACAAGUGGCUAGUAGUGGACGAGAUCCUGCCCUUUUUGCCCCAGAUUCCCUCCAGAGAACCCGCAGUCCUAAUGGGCAUUUUGGGCAUCUACAAGAUCGCAAUGAACCAUAAAAAGCUGGGAAUCAGCAAGGAAAUUCUGGCGACCAGAAUAUUGCCAUUUUUGAUCCCGCUUUGCAUAGAAAACGGCUUGAGUUUGGCGCAAUUUGGGGCGAUCACAUCGCUAGUGAAGGAAAUGUUCCAAGCUGUCGAAAGCGAGCAUCGCACUAAACUGCAGCAGUUGAAUUCGGUAAAAGAUGAACAAAAGUUGUUGAAGUCCUCGAUGGCUUCCGUAUCCAUUGCAAAACCAGUGGAGCUUGAUGAAGCUUUCAGUGAUUUGGACUUGCGGAAUGGCAGUGAAAGUGCAACAGAACCCAAGUUGAGUAUGGAGCAGAAGCGGGCAAUGACCAGGCAGCAGGAAAGUGUGAAAUUGAUGGGAAAUCAGGGGGCGAUUGAGCCCCAAAGAAUCACCAGCCCUCCUAGAAGCCAGCCCAAGGACUUAACUGCGAGUUUAUUGAGCGAUUUUGCUGGUAGCUUCCAGCCUAACAAUAACAGCAUGUCGCCAGCUUUCAGCCAAACAACUGGUGGAAAUAUCAAUUCUAGUCCGUAUCUGGGAAUGGCAAGUUUCAACACAAGCUUCAACGGAAAUCCAGCUCCUCUAAGCCCAUGGGGGGGCACGCAAAACACCUUAGCAAAGCCGCAGAAUCACCAGGAUUGGUCGGCUUUGGAUAAUCUGCUGCCUUCCAAAGGAAACAGUACGAAAAGUCCGAUGAAUCAAAUGAAAGGCAGUUCGCAUGUUCCUUUGAUGCCUCAACCUUCCCCUGCUAGUAGCAGUAACAAUAAUCAGUUGAGUAAAAGCGAUUUGUUAGAUUUUCUUAGUUAAGGAGCGGCAAAAGGCUGACGAGGUUUUAGUUUAAUGUUAUCGAUGUGCACAUUUACUUAAGUGAGAACGUAAUUUAUUUAUUUAUUUAGAGACGAUUGUCAGUCCAAAUCAACUGCAAAUAGAUGCUUAAUUUAAUUUGAAAUAAAUUAGUAGAAAAUCAAUAUUACUAGCUAAGGAGACCAAUAGAUGGACAUUUUGCUUGUGUAGUUUUUUCCACUACUUUUACAGUUUAAUGUUUUUACUCAAGAAGUAUUUGGGGUAAACCAUGUAACAUUCCAGUUUAUUAGAGUUUGUAAAUAUACGAGAAUUGACUAUUAAA